GUUUUGUGUCGACUCGGCCGCUGGGAGGAAGUGUAGUUCUCAGAAGAGCCUGAAUUUCACUUCACGACGCGCCGUGGGGCUCAGCUCACACACAAGCACUAAAACAAGAAAAUAGUCGUGUAUUCCCAUUUGGAUUAACCGCAGGGAAACCUCAAGAAGCAGUCUUUCCCGGAGGGCCUGAGCGGAGUCGGACUGGAGUGUUUUAUGUGGACGGAUAUUGUGUUUUUGUUGAGCGAUGUCGGAAGAUAUGAAGACUUGGAUCUGCGACCCAAACACGGAUGGAAAAGAAAAGAGUGGUGUCUCUCGGUAGUAACAUCGAAAAAUUUAAAUCAGAUGUCUUUUGGAGGAAAGUACAUUUGAAACCCCUGAACGAAGCGUAUUGGGGUUGAAAGCCCCGUCGUUUUGUUUUUCUCUCGAAACUCACAGUUUCGUCCAUAUAAACUUGAGUUUGAGACGCACAGCCAUGCAUAUGAAGUUCCGCAAGAUCUAGCGCAGAGAUUUCAGGGUGAACUCUUUAUUUUUUUGUGUUUUAUUUACAACAAGAUCACAGUAGCUGUUUUUUAUGUAUAUUCCUGUCUUGCAGUUUCAUCUGACCACAUUUUGUGGCACCAUCGCGACAUUUUUUUUUUUUUUUUAGAAAAAGGAAACUCGGAUUGCUUUCUUUCACAUUUGCUUAUUUCCUUUUCUAGCGCCCCCUCUCAUCUGCAGGUUACAGUAGUGCAAUAUCUCAGCCGUUUUUUUGCUUAGAGCACACCUCUUGUUAUAUAAAUAAAUUGACGAGCAAGCAAAUCCAGUUUAAGAGGAAAACUGCACUGCGCUGCACAAGGCAAUGGACUUACCACAUCUAAACGCACCGAGUUUAAUUUUGGCCCUUUAAUUGGCUUAUAAAAUACAACCAGCUUGGAUCAGCAAGAGGAGUGACAGGCAGAUCUCAACCAUCGAACCACAAAAAUAAAGAAUUUGUUUGUGAUAAUACCAGGGUAUUUACACAUGCAUAUGCUGUUUAGAUAUUGAAUGCUUUUUGCCUCGCAUUUUUGGAUGUUCAGGAAACAAUCCAGCUGCCCGUGUCGCAUCGCUAGCCAUUAUUUAUGUUUCUCCAACCAUUGGGCUUCAGAUUUCCACCAUCUUUCCGCCUUUUAAGAAGAGGAGGUUGCAUGUUACCCUUAUUAUAUGUCGUCUGUUUGCGUGCUGUCAACGGGUUAAUGUGAUUGAACAGGGAAAUAUCGGCGCAUACUAGUCGUCCAUUUUCAUGCAUUGGUGAUUUGUCUGUUUUGCAGCGAGCUGGCUUGCUUUAUUUUAAUGCCUUAAGGAGAUCGUCUUGUCCGCUCGUUUACGACUUAGGUUCUAUAUCUUGUUGGUUUUAAGGAGAUUGCAUCGUCGUUUUGAUUUGAGUAUCAUCCAUUUGUGACACCGACUGGCCAGCUUGCAUGUAUUUGUAGUUAACCAUCCCGUUAUUUCCAUACAUCUGCACGGACGGUGGCUCAAAUGAACUUAAACGUCAUUUUUGACGGUCGUUACACCGGCAGGUAGGUUGUUCGCGUUAAACUCACCCAAAGGGAGUGGGUGCUGGAUGGGGGGCUCGAUUAAUCGAUAUAAUCGUUAUCACCAUCUAGAAUUAUUAUUUUGGGAAUUUCCGGAUUUUGAGGUGAUGCCAUGCACAUAUAUUCUUCCUCUUUGAAACAAGAAGACAUUUCUGCAACUCCAGUGGACAUGAGGGUGAUGUUGCUUCAUAGAUAAGAAACCUAGAGAUUUUCCAUGCGGAGUGUUUUUUUUUCCUUCCUUCUGCUUUUAUCGUGUAUUUUCAGCCACUAUGGUUGAUUUCUGAGGGGAAAAACCCGAAAAAGAAAAAAACCCCGGCUGGAAUAGAUGUACGCGCCUCUAUCGCGCAUCACCACCACCAUCAUCAUCAUCAUCAUCAUCACCACGACAGCCCCCGCGCUCGUCUCGUGCUGAGUCCACCCGCCCGCGCGCGCAACAUCACCGUCCCUUUACACGUCCCCCUCCUCCUCCUCACGGCUGGUUCUGGUACCGUUAGCGACUCGGUUCGACCCAGAGGGCUCGAAGAUGGCGGACCUCGAAGCGGUUCUCGCCGAUGUCAGCUACCUGAUGGCGAUGGAGAAGAGCAAAUCGACUCCAGCGGCCCGCGCGAGCAAGAAAAUCAUCCUUCCCGAACCCAGUAUUCGGAGUGUCAUGCAGAAGUACCUGGAGGAAAGGGAUGAACUGACCUUUGACAAAAUCUUCAACCAGAAGAUUGGUUUCCUCUUGUUCAAGGAUUUCUGCAUGAACGAGAUCGACGAGGCCGUUCCGCAGCUGAAGUUUUAUGAGGAGAUUAAAGAGUACGAGAAGUUGGAUUCGGAAGAAGAGAGGCUAGCUCGCAGUCGACAGAUAUAUGACGUCUACAUAAUGAAGGAGCUUCUGUCGUGUUCACAUCCCUUCUCUAAGAAGGCAGUAGACCAUGUCCAGACUCACCUAGCAAAGAAACAAGUUCCUCCAAAUCUCUUUCAGCCAUAUAUAGUUGAAAUCUGUGAUAGUCUUCGAGGAAAGAUCUUUCAGAAAUUCAUUGAAAGUGACAAGUUCACACGGUUUUGCCAGUGGAAGAAUGUAGAGCUCAACAUCCAUUUGACGAUGAAUGACUUCAGCGUGCAUCGGAUCAUCGGCAGAGGGGGGUUUGGUGAGGUAUAUGGUUGCAGGAAGGCAGACACAGGGAAAAUGUAUGCCAUGAAGUGUUUGGAUAAAAAGCGGAUCAAAAUGAAGCAGGGAGAAACGCUGGCACUCAACGAGAGAAUCAUGCUGUCGUUGGUCAGCACCGGGGAUUGCCCUUUCAUAGUGUGUAUGACAUAUGCCUUCCACACUCCUGAUAAAUUGUGUUUCAUCCUGGACUUGAUGAAUGGUGGAGACCUUCACUAUCACCUAUCUCAGCACGGCGUCUUCAGUGAGAAGGAUAUGCGUUUUUAUGCAGCUGAGAUCAUACUGGGCCUCGAACACAUGCACAAUCGAUUUGUCGUCUACAGAGACCUCAAGCCUGCAAAUAUCCUCUUAGAUGAACACGGACACGUUCGCAUCUCUGACCUGGGCCUGGCCUGUGAUUUCUCCAAGAAGAAACCUCACGCCAGUGUAGGUACUCAUGGCUACAUGGCACCUGAGGUUCUGCAAAAAGGAACAGCGUACGACAGCAGCGCCGACUGGUUCUCUCUGGGCUGCAUGCUGUUCAAACUCUUGCGAGGGCACAGCCCAUUCAGACAGCACAAGACCAAAGACAAACAUGAGAUUGACCGCAUGACCCUUACCAUGAAUGUGGAGUUGCCUGACUCCUUCUCACCUGAGCUCAAGUCCCUCUUGGAAGGACUCUUACAGCGAGACGUCGCCAAAAGAUUGGGGUGUCUGGGACGGGGGGCGUCAGAGGUAAAGGAGCAUUUGUUCUUCAAGGGAAUCGAUUGGCAGCAGGUCUAUCUUCAGAAGUACCCCCCACCUCUCAUUCCCCCCAGAGGAGAAGUCAACGCUGCGGACGCCUUUGACAUCGGCUCCUUCGAUGAGGAGGACACCAAGGGAAUUAAGCUGCUUGACAGUGAUCAGGAGCUCUAUAAGAACUUUCCGCUGGUGAUCUCCGAGCGCUGGCAGCAGGAGGUGGCCGAGACGGUGUAUGAUGCCGUCAACAGCGACACAGAUAAGAAUGAGGCGCGCAAGCGGGCUAAAAACAAGCAGCAGGGACACGAAGAGGACUAUGCGCUGGGGAAGGACUGUAUCAUGCACGGCUACAUGCUAAAGCUAGGAAACCCCUUCCUGACACAGUGGCAGCGGCGGUAUUUCUACCUGUUCCCCAACCGUGUGGAGUGGAGAGGCGAAGGAGAGUCUCGGCAAAACCUGCUGACCAUGGAGCAGAUCGUGACUGUGGAGGAGACGCAGAUCAAGGACAAAAAGUGCAUCCUGCUGAGGAUCAAAGGAGGGAAACAGUUUGUGCUGCAGUGCGAGAGCGACCCAGAGUUCGUACAGUGGAAGAAGGAGCUCACCGAAGCAUUCACCGAGGCCCAGAAGCUGCUGCGUCGUGCCCCCAAAGUCAUCGGCAAGGGGCGAACCAAUGUGGUGGAACUGUCCAAACCUCCGCUCACGCACCGCAGCAGCAACGGCCUGUGAGCCGCCCCUUCCUGCGACCCUUGUCCACCACUCAUCUCCAUCCUCUUCAUCGACACGCACAUGCACACGCUCUCACACUCUCUCUCUCCCAGCAAAACGCUUGUCCAGCAACAUUAGGCUUCCCAGCUGACACAUGGUCCGUCUUGGAAGGUUCUGCUGGACUGUGCCCUGCUGUUCCUCAACUGUUCAUCAAUCAAAUGCACACACAUACACAGUUCCUUGCAACUUGACACGCUGGGGUGGGCGUCACUCCAGGAUAAUGUUAAAGAACAAUCAGUGAUGCCAGUGCUGAAUCUGGGACCCUGUUUUGACCAGUGGUGCAGGCUGGGAUACUGCACCUUUUUUGUGAGCAUGUCGUUGCUUCUGUGAUUCCCACAUUCUCCUUGCACACACCGGCAUGCUCGUAUAUAGGCAAAGAAAGGCCUCUGCUAUAAGGGUCCCAAACAAUGUCCACUUGGAGCUUCUUUACAAGUGACUGUGCUAGAGCCGGACAGUAUCCGUACCUCUGCUAGAGGGAAACCAGAGCCAUGCGGCCUUAGAAAUCUAAUCAGAUGGAAACAAUUUCAAAAGACGAUGGCUUGAACAAUAUCACUCCCGUUGUCUUUCAUGUCCUUUGUGGGAACACCAAGGCCACCUCACUGAUUGUGCCAUUCUUGAUGCGUAUGCUUUGCACCACUUUCUGUCAAUAUCUGGGGUGCAUAGCAUGCAUGCCAUUUCUUGCUAAAUGGACUCGGAUUUGUGGACUGUUGUGGCACCCAACCCUUGUCCUGUACUUGAGAAGUACAAAAGUCUUCGACACUUCCUUAAUACUCGCUGACGGAUUGAAUGAACUGCAACGGCGAGUGUUGCGUGCAUCCAAGUUCUAAGAGCUCUCAGAGAACGUACAGUGAAAUACGGAAGUGUUUUUCAUUUCUUUCUUUUUUUGCUCAGCCCUUGUAAACACCAAAUUUGGUUGGGUUCCUCACAUGCAUUAAAUGUGUGUACUAGUGCGUGUACACAAUGCAAAAAGUAGGUGUUGUUGCUUUAAAGGAAAUGCCCCAAUAUUGUCACCAGGAAGAAUUGUUUUCUUUCGCCUUGAAUGUAUUUUUGUUUCUCUUUUUGUCUAUUUUUUUUUGUUGUUGUUAAUUUGUUUGUGGGUGGAUUGUUUUACGCUGCUUGACACAAUGGGAAGGAACGUGGCAGGACCUUUACUAAGACACGAACCCAACCCCUCCCCCUGAACCCACAGAAGUGCAAAAAGUGCCAAUGAAAUAAACGUUCGACUUGAGACACCUGAGAAUUCCUUGAGUCCAGGCCACGUCACCUGCAUCUCCCUGUGAACAGACCCCAAGAACAGUGUUGGAAACUGAAUGCACAGAAUAAAAACUGAACUGCAAACUUCCAGUCGUGUACAAGGACGCCAAUGGACGGUUGAUGAUGCAUGGUUAGAGGGACCACUUGGGAUAAAAAAACAACAGCAGCAUCCCUGGAGUCUUUUAUCAGACUGUAUAUAUGAAUCCUUUCUCUGUGCAUCUACAGUAUAAUCUUCUUGACAAUGUUUGCAUAUAUGGCGUAUCUCUGUCUCUGCCUGUCUGUGUUUGUCCCUAUGUCUCAGCUUGGGGGCGGGC